CGUAGUCCUGCGGGCGGUCCCUGAUGCUGCGGCGCCCGCUGGUCGGGCUGGCAGUGGCCGCCCUGGCUCGCGUCCCUGCGGACGGACCCCAUUCAAGAUUCAGCCUGUUCUUUUUUGUCCUUGGUGGGAAGCGUCACAAACAGAGAUGGGUAGCACCAGGAAGGUCCAGCAGCAGCCUGUUCGUGGUUGGCUGCUACUCCACCCUUCCUUCCGUGGGAGGCUGUGGCAUGGCAGGACCUAGGCCAGUGGUGCUGAGUGGGCCGUCAGGAGCAGGGAAGAGCACCCUGCUCAAGAAGUUGUUCCAGGAACAUGGCAGCAUCUUUGGCUUCAGUGUGUCCCAUACUACAAGGAACCCACGACCUGGUGAGGAAAAUGGCAAAGAUUACUACUUUGUGACCAGGGAGAUGAUGCAGCGUGAUAUUGCAGCAGGGGACUUCAUUGAGCAUGCUGAGUUCUCGGGGAACCUGUAUGGGACAAGCAAGGCGGCUGUUCGGGCUGUGCAGGCCAUGAACCGCAUCUGCGUGCUAGACAUUGACCUACAGGGUGUGCGCAACAUCAAGAAGACUGAUCUGCAUCCCAUCUACAUCUCUGUGCAGCCCCCCUCGCUGGCUGUGCUGGAGCAGCGACUGCGGCUGCGCAACACUGAGACUGAGGAGAGUUUGGCAAAGCGGCUGGCAGCUGCACAGGCAGACAUGGAGAGCAGCAAGGAGCCUGGCUUGUUUGACCUGGUGAUCAUCAAUGACAACUUGGAUAAAGCCUAUGCAACAUUGAAGCAGGCACUGUCUGAGGAAAUCAAGAAAGCUCAGGGAACUGGCCAUGCCUGAGGGUCUGCUUCAUUCCACAGAGUGAUGCCUGUGCCCCAAAUAUAUCUGGGUUAUGAGGUGGUGGUCUUUGCCAGGGCACCAAGGACUUGUAUAGACUUCUACUGUGGAGUAGGAGGAACUGCCCCUUGUCUGACCACAUGGUGGCUCUUCACCCUGUGCUGGUUUGCUGAGGCUGAAGGACUCGGAAAUGUACUCACUUCUAUUCUCCCUGGGCUGUCCCUGUCCCUCCUGCUGGAGCAGGACUGACAUCCUAAUAAAGUAACUAUUGGGUCACAGCCAUCCCCACUGG